AUGCCGCUAUCCCUCGCGCUCUCUCCUUUCUUAUACGCCGACGACGACGCCUCUCUGCAUCCCACGCCCGGACCACCUCCAUCAACACCCGUGGCUCGCGGCCUAGCAACGCACAACGGGGAUUCCGUGUCAGCCGCGUCUGAUGCGUCCUCUCCCGCCCUGUGCCGCCCAACCGUUCCUCUGUGCGUGUUCCCUGCCCAUCCCUCACCCCAUUUCCUAUCUCCCUCUGUGCUGCACACUCCCCCCGACGUCCCUGCGCCGCUGUACAUGCCCCAGCCACACUACCCCCGUCUCCCGCUCCCGGUGCCUGUGCACCCCUUGCCUCAUGCGCACGGGCGCCCCCCGGAUGCGGAUGCGACACGUCAGACACGCGGCGGGAGAUACGCGGCGAGAGAUACGCGGCGGGAGAAUGGCCGCGCGUCGGCUUACCCCUCGCGCGGUCGCGUCCAGGAUACCAGACGCGCUGCGCGCGUGACGCCGGCGCGACAGACAGCGCGGGCACAUCGACCCAUGGACGUGGCCGCCCUGCCUGCCCUGCGUGCGCGACCCGCGUCCUCCCCGGUCAUCCGAGUGCGAGGGACAUGCCGCAAGACGCACCGAGAGAUUCGCCGCAUCGCGGACCUCGCGGCGCGCUGCGCACAUCCGCCCGUUGCGUGCCGUCUGCCGCUUCCCGAUGCUGCGGACAGCAUCGACGGCCCUACCGUGCGGCAUCCAGCUGAGCGCUCGCGCGAAGCCGCCGUGCGUCCGCAUCCUUGCCAGACGAGGGUGUUGCACUCGCGCGGUGUCCUUCUCCUCCUGGCAUCGGCCAAGCGUGCGAGCCCGCUACCG